UCUCAAUCUCAUCGUUAAAAGUGUCUCCAACGACUACAGCUUUACUCCAGAACGCUGCAGCCCCAACCAGACUAUUGUCGCUGAAAUCCUUUGCGGUUCCAUAUCAUACUGCAAGAAAGAUGUCUUCCAGCAGAUCCAUCGAGAUAAUUCCCCGAAGGAACACUGAACGAGCCCAAGCAGAUCAUGGUUGGCUCAAAACUUUCCAUACAUUUUCGUUCGCCAAUUACCAUGACCCGAAACACGAGUCUUUUGGUUCUCUACGCGUCUUGAACGAGGACCGCGUAGCGCCUCGUACUGGCUUUGGCACCCACAGCCAUCGAGAGUAUGAGAUUUUUUCCUAUGUGAUUAGUGGUGCGCUAGAACACCAAGAUUCUAUGGGCAACACUGAAAUACUGUCUCGUGGUGCCAUUCAGAUGACCUCCACUGGAACCGGCAUCUCUCACUCUGAGAAAGCCCACGGCUCUGAAGAGGUACAUUUCUGCCAGAUAUGGGCAUCUCCCCGUCCCGGGGAAGGAAAAGGCAAACCCGCCUAUUUCACCAGACAUUUCACCGACCAAGACAAGCGAAACCAAUUCAGGCUUAUCGUUGCGCCUUCCAAUUCGUCUGAAGUCUCGAAUGAGAGAGAGGCUGAAGGCCCCGCUCCAAUUCGCUCGCAGCUUCGCGCAUAUGCGUCGCUCAUGGACCCUGGUAUAUCCCUCGUGCAUGCGUUUCACCCAAGCCGCAACCCUGAGGGGCGUAAAGCGUACAUUCACGUCGUUCAAAAAUCUGGAUACAAUCCUGGUAACGCCAGGGGCGUCAGAUUGCGCGUUGGUGCUCAAAUCGAGGGGCCAAUAAUCGAGCUUAGAGAGGGAGAUGGCUCAUAUUUGUUUGUGGGAAAGGAUGCUGAACUGAAGGUUGAGAACGCAGGGGAAGAUGCGGUUGAGUUUUUAUUAUUUGACAUGGAAUAAAGGCAACUAUAAACGCUUAUCCUACGUGAUUCGACUGUAAAUCCACCUUAUUAUCGAUA